AUGAAGUCGUUCAUCAUCUUCCUCAGCUAUGUUUCAACUCUCCUCGGCAGCAUACCAUCAGCGUAUGCUCACAAGGACUGUGAUGCGGUCGAGGUUCCGGAGUGGCAUCCCCCGCGGCCCAACGACUUCCGCGGCCCCUGCCCCAUGAUGAACACGCUUGCCAACCACGGUAUCUUGCCCCGAGACGGCCGGAAAAUUACCAGACAGGCCGUCAUCGACGGCAUGGGGCGCGGCCUCAACUUUGCUCCUGCUCUCGCAACUAUCAUGUUCGACCAAGCUAUCAUCGCCAACCCAGAGCCGAACGCCACCUUCUUCACGCUCGACCACCUCAACCGCCACAACGUCCUCGAGCACGACGCCAGCCUAAGCCGCACCGACGCCUUCUUCGGCAGCAACCACAUCUUCAACCAGACCAUCUUCGACCAAACCAAGCGCUACUGGCCCGAGCCCCUCAUCACGACAACCCACAUGGCCAACGCCAAGAUUGCACGGCAGAUCGACUCUAAGGCGUUUAACCCGGAGUAUCGGUUCACUGAGGCCGUGGAGCAUUUUAGUUUGGGGGAGAUGGCGGCGCCGUUUAUUGCGUUUGGGGAUUUGGAGGCCGCUACGGUGAAUCGGACGCUGGUUGAGUACUUUUUUCAACAUGAACGAUUGCCGACUGAGCUGGGCUGGAGGGUCAGGGACGAGGUAGUUUCGGUGGCGGCCAUUUUGAGAAUAUCAGGCCUCAUUGGAAAUGCCACGAGCUUGUUUGUGGAUUCGGGGGAGGGGUCGGAGAAACUGCGUAGGGGAUUUCACGCCGCUUUUGAAAGUGGUCUAUAA